AUGUCAGGGGCCACAGAUUCCAAUAGUGGGCACCAAGGAGAUGGCCACAAGACUAGACAGGUACUGCAGUUCCCAGUGGAUAUCUGCAUGGUCUACCCAGUGACCAGCCACAGGAAUGCCACAUUUAAAAAUCAUAGAGCUGGACUGUGGCGGUCCUAUCUUCCAACUCGGAAGCAGCCGCUGCCUCCGGACGCUCUCAAGAUAGCGACGUCUCUGGGUUCCAACACCUACAACAGGCAGAACGGGGAGGAUGCGGACUUCCCCAUUCUGUGCCAGAUGUGUCUUGGAGAAAACCCAUAUAUCCGAAUGACCAAAGAAAAGUACGGGAAGGAAUGCAAAAUCUGUGCCAGGACAUUCCCAGUGUUUCGCUGGUGCCCCGGAGUCCGCCUGCGUUUCAAGAAGACUGAAGUGUGCCAGACCCGCAGUAAACUGAAGAGUGUCUGUCAGACUUGCCUCUUGGACCUCGAGUAUGGCCUGCCCAUCCAGGUUCGUGAUGCAGGGCUGUCUUCUAAGGAUGACACGCCAAAGUCAGAUGUCAACAAAGAGUACUUCACGCAGAAUAUGGAGAGGGAGAUGUCUAACUCGGAUGGAACGCGGCCAGUUGGCAUGCUGGGGCGAGCCACAGCCACCAGGGACAUGCUGCUCAAACUGGCCCGGACCUCACCCUACGACAGAAGGAAUCGACCCCACAUUUGCUCCUUCUGGGGGAAAGGGGAAUGUAAGAGAGGAGAGGAAUGCCCACACAGACAUGAGAAGCCUGCAGAUCCAGAUGACCCCCUUGCUGAUCAGAGCAUCGAAGACCGACAUUGUGGAAUCAGUGACCCUGCGGCAGACAAGCUUCCAAAGCGGGCUUCAACGAUGCCUCGUUUGGACCCGCCAGAGGACAAGACUCUCGCCACACUGUAUGCUGGUGGUCUGGGCGGUACCGUUACUGAGACAGGCCUCAGAGAUCACUUCUACCAGGUUGGAGAGACUCGGACGAUCACCGUGGUGCAGGGACGGCAGUGUGCUUCCAUCCAGUGUGCCACAAGGCCGGCUGCCGAGGUGGCUGCGGAGAAGUCCUUUAAUAAGCUGAUUGUCAGUGGCCGUCGACUUAACGUGAAAUGGGGAAGGUCCCAAGCAGCCCGAGGCAAAGGAAAAGAGAAAGACGGAGCCACAGACUCCGGCAUUAAGCUGGAGCCCGUUCCAGGCCUGCCAGGAGCUCCUCCUCCCCCUCCUGCAGCAGAGGAAGAAGCCUCUGCCAACUACGUCAGCCUGCCCCGCAGUGGCCCUCCAGCGGUGGUGAACAUCGCCCUGCCGCCACCGCCUGGAAUUGCCCCACCCCCACCCCCACCCCCAGGUUUGGGGCCACAGAUGUUCCACCCAAUGGGACCACCUCCUCCUUUCAUGAGGGCUCCAGGACCAAGCCACUAUCCUUCUCAGGACCCUCAGAGAAUGGGAGCUCAUGCUGGGGAACACAGCAGCCCCUAGCACAUUAUCACCGUUCUGGGGCUCUACAGAAGACAGGGCGCUUAAAAAUCCCAGUAAAUGAACCUUGGAAUAAAUAUGUUUUUCCUUCCUUUGUAGUUUCCAUAGAAGCUGAAUGUGUUCAGAUGUGGGCAGUCAGAACACAAUAGCCAUGCUUUGAUUGAUGGACCUCAAAUAAGCUGCCAUUGA